AUGGCCAAUAGACUGAGGAAAGUUAUUGUCCCCCUCUGCUUGGUGUUGAGAGUACCGCGGACGGGAUGGGUGUACCGGAACGUGGCGAAGCCAGAGAGUGUAUCCGACCAUAUGUACAGGAUGGCGAUGAUGGCUUUGGUGACCGAAGACAAGAGCCUUAACAAGGACAGAUGCAUACGGUUAGCUUUGGUUCACGAUAUGGCUGAAUGCAUUGUUGGAGAUAUUGCUCCUGCAGAUAAUAUCUCAAAAGAGGAGAAACACAGGAGAGAAGAGGCAGCUAUGCAACAACUGACCCAGCUUCUAUCAGAGGACCUCAGAAAAGAAAUCUAUGAACUCUGGGAAGAAUAUGAAAACCAGAGUACUGCAGAAGCCAAGUUUGUAAAACAGUUGGAUCAGUGUGAGAUGAUACUGCAAGCAUUUGAGUAUGAAGAGUUGGAAAACACACCUGGCAGACUGCAGGAUUUUUACGAUUCAACUGCUGGAAAGUUUGUUCACACAGAGUUACUCCAGCUUGUAUCUCUGAUUAACACAGAAAGGAAUAAAAAAAUAGCUGCUACAUCUCAUCCGCAUUCCUGAAAUGUUCCUAAAUGCUGUAGCUGUAAUAAAUACUUUGUUUUAUAUUCUGUGCAUUA